AAGCACCAUUUGUCUAAAACAUGAAAGUGUUCAUAACAUUAUUGGCGUUGGCUGUUGCCUCUGCCUCGGCUUUCGAGGAAGUUGUCCACAACAAGGACAUCACCAAGGUCAGCAAAAUCGAAGGUCGCAUUACCAACGGCUACCCAGCCUACGAGGGUAAGGCUCCUUACACGGUCGGCCUCGGCUUCAGCGGUGGCUGGUGGUGCGGUGGUUCCAUCAUUGGACACAACUGGGUCCUCACUGCCGAGCACUGCACUGGAAACGCCGAUUCCGUCACUGUCUACUUCGGUGCCACCUGGCGCACCAAUGCCCAGUACACCCACCGGGUUGGACGCAAUGACUUCAUUAACCAUCACAAUGCUGACAUCGCCUUGAUCCGCAUUCCCCAUGUGGACUUCUGGCACAUGGUCAACAAGGUGGAUCUGCCCAGCUACAACGAUCGCUACAACGACUACAACGGAUGGUGGGCUGUUGCCUGUGGCUGGGGAGGCACCUACGAUGGUUCCCCUCUGCCCGACUGGCUGCAGUGCGUCGACCUGCAGGUCAUGCACAACUCUGAGUGCAGUCAGACAUAUGGUGGUCUGAUCCAGGAAAACAUCAUCUGUGUGAGGACUCCCGAUGGCAAGUCCACCUGCGGUGGUGACUCUGGUGGCCCUCUGGUUACCCACGAUGGCAACAAACUGAUCGGUGUUACCAACUGGGUAUCUGCUGCCGGUUGCCAAUCUGGUCAUCCAUCUGGCUUCCAGCGAGUGACCUACCACUUGGACUGGAUCCGUGACCACACUGGCAUUGCUUACUACUAAUUAAUGACACUCUUAACGCAAUAAAUAAAGCAAUUAAAAUGAAACC